AAACACAAGCAGCUGUCGGCUUCUUGACUUGUUAAAAAGAAGAGCCGAAAGGCGGCUGCCGCUAACAUAUAAGUAUAUUAUUAUGUAUAAACACACACGUCACAACAUACAGAUAAAGAGAUAAAAUAAAGUGCGCAGUGCGCACUGUCCAUUUACCUAAUCUCCUUUCGUGUUGAUAUUAUUGUGAUUAAAAAUUAAAAGUAGCCGACUGAUCGAUUUAUUGGGUGUGUCUUCAAUUGACGCUGAUCACGUUCAUAUUCGCUUAAGGUUACCUACGGGUCUUCAACUGGAUAAAAAGAAUAAAUGAUGAGUUCUCACCUUGGAGCAGGUUCCGAACAACCACCAAGAGUGGAAGGCAAAGUCAGGCUGUAUAGAAUGAAGUAUUGUCCAUUUGCUCAGAGAGUCAGUCUUGCGUUGACGUUUAAGAAAAUUCCUCAUGACAUAGUUAACAUUAACUUGAGAGAUAAACCUGAAUGGUACAUGCAGAUUAAUCCUGAAGGUAAAGUACCAGCCUUGGUGGAUCUUAAUGGAGAAAUCGUUGUGGAUUCAACUGCGAUAGUAAACUAUUUGGAAGAGAAAUAUCCGGAACCAGCUCUGUGCAAAAAGGAAACUAUAAAACGGGACCUGGAACUGUUGGAACAUUAUGGCAAGAUCCUCAAAGUAUUCUUUGAUUGUGUCCAUAGAAAAGACACCAGACCUCUUAAAACAGCUGUGGACGAAAUGUGUACCUAUCUCGUGGAAUUUGAGGAAGAGCUUAAAAAAUUAAAUACGCCCUUCUUUACUGGUGAUAAUCCUGGUAUGGUUGACAUCCUUAUGUGGCCUUUUGUAGAAAAAGCAAAGUGUCUUGCAUUGAUUUACAAGGAACCAAUGGACUUUGAAAAAGAAAAGUUCCCGCUGAUUUUGAAGUGGGUUAGUAAAAUGAAGGAGCAGGAAUUUGUACAACAAAAUGCCAUAUCUUAUGAAACUUUUGCUAAAGUAGCAGAAGCUUCCAACGCCGGAAAUGUCAAUUAUGACGCUAUUUAAAUGCUUCCAGUAAUGAAAAGGUAUAAAAGGUGAUAUAUAGGCAUUCGAGUUUUUAAUUUCGUACGCCUAAAAAGCUUUACUGUGCUUUAAGUAUAAUCUUGCGUUGAAGAUGCGUCAGAAAAUUUGAGAUAGUAAAUUCACCGCACGAUAAAAGGGGUCUUAAAUUACUUUAUACCGUAAGAUUUUGAUUCAAUUCUCUUGACUGAAUUUCUAUUGCGUAACAGUCAUUCUUUUUAUUUAAGUUGUUCUGUCGUCAUAAAUGCGAGGGUGAAGGGCAAAGGCGGUGUCUAUGCUGCAGGAAAUCGCAUCAAAAUUAUACAAAAAAAAUUUCAUCGACUUUUUAUUACUUCAUCACGAUGACAGAACAACCUAAAAAUUUUUCCUUAUGCAUCAUUCCAAAGCAUUACACCAAGUCAUCUUAAAUUGUUACAAAGUUAAUUUUAAGUAUUUUUGCAAUCAAGAUUUAUUAUUUAAAGUAUAAAUGUUAAGUUUAUGGCACAAUUAUAUAUAUGUAUAUAAUUUUUUACACAAGUUUUUUUUUUAAUUUAAAGUUUAAAGUAAAUCCUUUGAUAAUGACAAUACAACGUAACGACAAUAAAAAUAAAUGAGCUUAAAUGCAAUUCGCGCGCCUAUCUUUUAAAUGAUGAGUAAUUUAGAAGA